GUGCCGGUGCCAGGCCCUACUGAUCUCCCCGCCUGCCGUCCCCCAGCAGAUGCCCUGUGCCCAUCCCAGACCUCCCCUCUCCACCGUGCCUUGCGCCGAGCCUGCCCAGCACGAGGGGCAUGUCCUGACCUCGCGCGCUUGAGAUGGCGGCUGUCCAGAGCUUCGGUGCCACCCACCCCGGCGACCCUGAGCCCGGGGACCUCAUCGAGAUCUUCCGGCCAGCUUAUCAGCACUGGGCCCUCUACCUGGGCGACGGGUACAUCAUCAACGUGACGCCCGUAGAUGAAGGGCCGCCAGCCACACUCGCCAGCGCCAAGUCAGUGUUCAGCAGAAAGGCCCGGGUGAGGAUGCAGCUCCUGAAGGACGUGGUGGGAAAUGACACCUACCACAUCAACAACAAGUACGACGGCACCUACGCUCCCCUCCCGGUGGAGGAGAUCAUCCAGCGCGCCGAGUACCUCAUUGACCAGGAGGUGUCCUACGACCUGCUCGGCAACAACUGCGAGCACUUUGUGACGCUGCUCCGCUACGGCGAGGGGGUCUCCGACCAGGCCAAGCGAGCAAUUGGUGCCAUUGGAUUUGUAACAGCUGCUGCUGGUGCCUUCUCCUUGCUGGGCUUGCUCCACAGCAGAACCAGAGAGAGACAGUACUGAUGGCCCACUGGGACAAGCUCAGAGCAGAGCAGGGGACCCCCCAGCCGUGAGGGACCCAGGACAGUUUGUGGCCACAGCUGCCACUGAGACUUACUAACAACUGUGUCACCCUUGCUGAGAGCAGCACUAGCCUGUUUGCCACAUCUGCUUUUAUUUCAUUGCCUGUGAUGAUUUUUCUGGUAGUCUGGGAGCACUUGCAAGCAAAUUCUCUAUCCUCACCCCCCGCAGUGCUCUGCUGAGGGCUGGUGCAGGCUUUCUACACACAUCCUGUAUUUAUCAGCUACAUCCUGUGGGCUCUUUCUGUGAAUAACCUAUUUUAACCUUAACAUUUUUACUUUGGGGUUUUUUUUUAAAUCAAAAGUAAUAUAAAAGUAUUGCUGAGGGUUUAUUGUGUGUCCUCCAGCUGAGAGUCUGUGCAAGUGGGAAACCCCAGGUUCUCAGGCCUGCGAAAGGGCAGACAAGGCAUGUACUGUGAAUUGGAGCCUGUGCCAGCUGUGCCUAAACUGAGCUGCUCCUGCGAGGGCAGGAGGUAGGAAGGAAGGGCAGGCCUUGCAGGCUGUAGCCCUCAGUGUUUUAAAUGAGUGGCCUGUUUUUGGCACAAUGGUGUUUUGCUUGGUUUUCUCCUGCCUGGAAAGUGUCCCUUUCCCUGGCUCCUGACUCCGUUUGGGAGCAGCAGACCCCCAGUCUGGGGACAUCUGACAAAAAACCCAGCUAACUUUUUCUCUGGCAGCUGUUUGUUCCAGAUUGGGGCUACUGUACCACUGAAAUUUCCCUCUUCAUCCCUGUAAAUGCAGUAAUUGUUGGCACUGGACCUGACCAAGCUUACUAGAUGAUCUUUAAGGUCCCUUCCAACCCAAACCAUUCUAUGAUUUUACUCCUUGAGCUGCCAAAGCACUGAGGUUUAAAGAAAGACCACCAUGGAUUGCACGGGUAGCCAGGAGCCUUUGCCCCCUGGAGCUGUGGCCAUUGGCUCUUCGGUGACCAGAAGUUGAAUUUAAGCAGUUCGUAGCCCCAGCACAAGAUCGAUCUUCCUCUAGCCAGCAGGAAGGCAAAGCCAGGGUCCCUGCAUUGCUGUGGGUGAUGUACCUGGAAAACGAGCUGUGCAGCACCUACGCCCUAUCUCCAAAUCUACAGAGCCCCACUAUUUCCUUGUCACAAAGCUGACGUGUGGCUUGUCUUAGAAGAAAACUGGUUUGGAAAAGUGUGGUUUAUUACUCUUUACCAGGAAUAUCUGGCUUACAUGUUUGAAACCAUGUUAUUUGCAGACUGUGUGUAAGAAAUUAAAUCCUGUGUUGCUUUUGCCACGGGCAACUGCCUGGACUGUAAGACGAGACGAGAGCAAAAGAGCUGUCUGUAAGAGGCUUGCUAUUUUUAUCUGCUCUUAACAUGUACAUAACAGUAUCAGAAGGUUUUUUUAAACACCAGUUGUUUCAGUGUUUGAAAUAACAAAGCCAAGACUUCUGGUCCUAUUUUGUAGUGCCCUCUGUUAUUACAUUUAAAUAAAGUUCUUUUUUAAUAUGGGAAAAUAUAAUAAAACUAAACCUGAAAGUC